AUGGAGAGCCGGCUUGUGUCCCUUGACAGCAAGUCUAAAACUCGGCUUUCGCAAAUUCUCAUCGAGAGCAUCAGUGCAAGAAGAUUGUCCGAUGAAGAAGAAGACGGGAACUAUCUGACACUUAUCGAUCUCCUGGUGGCCUUUGCUUACUACUUGGAUCUGGAUCUUUUUCGGGAACACCUGUCUCCUCCAAAUAGCCAGCUCUUGGAAAUUCUCCACAAUGUUUUCAAGAGCCCUGGAUAUGCCGCAACAGAGGAGAUGGCAACACCUCGAGUGCUCGAAUUUUGGAACGAGACCGCUGAAUAUCUGCCAGACAAGCUCGAAUCUGAUGAUCCUCUAUUCGCAGCCGUGAAAGAUCAGCUGGCCGCAGUCGUGCUAGGCUUAUUUAAUAAGCUUCUAUAUCCAGAUACGGAGCACCUCCAGGGCUGGACGGAUGAAGAGCGGAGUGAAUUCAACGUUUUCCGGUCCGAGGGCUGCGACUAUUUACUGUCGGUCUAUCAAUUCCUCGGCGUUGAUCUCAUCCGAGUCUUCCAAGAGAGUGCAACAUCCAACCUUAGCAACCAGAACUGGCGAAGCUUUGAGACGGCCAUGUUCUGCCUCACAUACUUAUCAGAAGCGGUGGAUGAGAAUGGACAUGCUGAUGAAUGUUUGGAUGCCAUUUUUGGGGGUAACACACUUACCCAGGUCUUCACAAAUGCUGGAGCAGCCAUCCCACUCAAAGCUCGCCAGACAUUGGUGGAUGCAAUUGGGAAAUACGAAUCUUAUUUCAAACGACACACCCCUUUGCUCCCAGGUGUUUUAACCAUUUUGUUCGAGUCUCUCAACUUUGAACCAUGUGCUCAGGCAGCAUCACGGUCUAUUCAAACCCUCGCAAGAUCGUGCUCUCAAGCCCUGGUCGGAGACAUUCCGGUAUUCCUGGACCAACUAGAUCAAUUUCGAGUCAAGCCAACAGCGACGGUCAACACAAUGCCCAGAGUUCUACAGGGAAUUGCAGCUAUCAUUUACGCCUUGCCUCAAAACCAGGACAAGGUACAGCCCCUGGAGCGAAUUUUGCGGCUUCUGGUUCAGGAAGCCCACACGGCAAGGGAAGAAGGUAAUACUUCUGCCUAUGAGUCUGCUCGCGCUCGGGGCGACCUUGUUCUCAGCUGCAUCGCCAGCGUUGGGAAAGGGUUUCAAUCCACCGAAAUAGAGCUCACGGAUGACGAAGUACCUGAAGACGAAUCGUUCUGGAGUUCUGGACCAGGCACCGAGGUUCAACGCCUAAUCAUGGAGGCCAUGAGACUGCUCAUUGUCGACUUUCCGGUCGAUAUCAGCAUCAUCGAAGCCGCGUGCGAGAUUCUAAGGGCUGGCUAUACCGAGAAGUCCGGCCCGUUUGUGUUUCCUCCUUCCAUGACUGUCGACUUCAUCAAGAGCUUCCCACUCGGUAUCUCCGGCACAGAUAUCAUCAUGGCCACCGCAUCCUCAUUUCUGGCGUCCCACGGCUCGCAUUCACUGCAGAUCCGGGACGAAGCCGCGGCACUGAUUGCCCAUGUGACGCAACUGUUCUACACCAUGCUGGAAACCCCGGAUCUCUACGACCCAGAAACGGCCAACGCGGGGAUUGACUUUCUCGAGCGCCUGUUGCCUAAAUACUAUCCAGUUCUGUUCUCACUUACAACCCCGCUACCAUCCCCGAGUGAAGACCCGGGCUCGCAGCGACCACCAAUUCUCGCCGUUCUGAUCAAUUUCACACUGCAUGCCCUCUCGCGACCGGAACCUCUUCCCAUUCGAUCCGCCUCCACAUUCUGGGCUAACCUCUUAGUUCUCCGCCCCAGCGCCUCAGAGGAUACAAUCGUGCUACAGCAAGUGCUUGAGCAAUUCGUGCCUUCUCUAUGCCACACCCUUAUCCAGCAAAUAGCAGGCCGUUGCGCACGCUCAGAUCUGGUGUCUCUAACCGAUGUCCUUCGGCGUGGGAUAUUCAAGCACAUGGCCAUAGCACGUCCAAGCCUCACAGCCGCACUAGAUGCAAUCGACGCCCAUGUCGUUGAUGCAAACGGGCAGCAGGUUCCGCUUCUAGAGCCGAAGGAAAAAUCACGCUUCCUCGAGUCUCUCUUUGUUGCUCGAGGAGCCCGACAGCAGUCGCUGGAUCUUGUGCGGUCCUUUUGGUUGAAAUGUCGGGGGUUGAGCUACGACUAUGCGCGGUAG